GAAGCGCCGGCGCCCGGCACUUAUAGGGCCGGGAAUGGGGGUGCCGCCACCGCCUAGUCAGCGCUGCGUCCCCUGAGUCCCGGCCGCCGCGGUUCUGUCGUCGCGACGCCCCCGCCCCGUUCUCUGCCCGCCUGCCCGCACCGCCCCCCUGGAGCCGGCCGGCCGGCCAGGAGCCAGGCCGAGUCCUCGCCAUGCUUGUCCGAUUGCUGCUGCUGCUGCUGGCAUUGCUGUUGCCCGGCCCCGGGGGUUUUGGGAGCCCCAGCACUGUGACACUUCCUGAAACCUUGCUGUUUGUGUCAACACUGGAUGGGAGUCUGCAUGCCGUCAGCAAGAGGACAGGCUCCAUCAAAUGGACUUUAAAAGAAGAUCCAGUCCUGCAGGUUCCAACACACGUGGAAGAGCCUGCCUUCCUCCCAGAUCCUAAUGAUGGCAGCCUGUACACGCUUGGGGGCAAGAACAACGAAGGCCUGACGAAACUUCCCUUUACGAUCCCUGAGUUGGUGCAGGCAUCUCCGUGCCGAAGUUCAGAUGGCAUUCUCUACAUGGGUAAAAAGCAGGACAUUUGGUACGUUAUCGACCUCCUGACUGGGGAGAAGCAGCAGACCCUGUCAUCAGCCUUUGCAGACAGCCUCUGCCCAUCAACCUCUCUUCUGUAUCUGGGGCGAACAGAGUACACCAUUACCAUGUACGACACCAAGACCCGCGAGCUGCGCUGGAACGCCACCUACUUUGACUACGCGGCCGCGCUGCCCGAGGACGAUGGGGACUACAAGAUGUCCCACUUUGUGUCCAAUGGCGAUGGGCUGGUGGUGACGGUGGACAGCGAGUCUGGGGAUGUCCUGUGGAUCCAAAACUACGCUUCCCCCGUGGUGGCCUUUUACAUCUGGCAGCGCGAGGGCCUGCGGAAGGUGAUGCACAUCAAUGUCGCCGUGGAGACCCUGCGCUACCUGACCUUCAUGUCGGGGGAGGUGGGGCGCAUCACCAAGUGGAAGUACCCGUUCCCCAAGGAGACGGAGGCCAAGAGCAAGCUGACGCCCACCCUGUAUGUGGGGAAAUACUCCACCAGCCUCUAUGCUUCCCCCUCGAUGGUGCACGAGGGCGUCGCCGUUGUGCCCCGGGGCAGCACCCUUCCUUUGCUGGAAGGCCCCCAGACCGACGGUGUCACCAUCGGGGACAAAGGGGAGUGUGUGAUCACGCCCAGCACGGACCUGAAGUUCAACCCCGGACUCAAAGGCAAGAGCAAGCUCAACUACCUGCGGAACUACUGGCUGCUCAUCGGACACCAUGAAACCCCCCUGUCUGCAUCCACCAAAAUGCUGGAGCGCUUCCCCAACAACCUGCCCAAACACCGGGAGAACGUGAUUCCCGCCGACUCGGAGAAGAAGAGCUUUGAGGAGGCCAUUGACCUGGUUGACCAGACUUCAGAAAACGCACCUACCACGGUUUCUCCGGACGUGGAAGAGAAGUUCGAUCAUGCCCCUGCCAAGCCCGAGGCCCCUGUGGACUCCAUGCUCAAGGACAUGGCCACCAUCAUCCUGAGCACCUUCCUGCUCAUCGGCUGGGUGGCUUUCAUCAUCACCUACCCCCUGAGCAUCCACCAGCAGCGGCAGCUCCAGCACCAGCAGUUCCAGAAGGAACUGGAGAAGAUCCAGCUCCUGCAGCAGCAGCAGCUGCCCUUCCACCCGCCCGGGGAUGCGGCACAGGACGCCGAGCUCCAGGACUCAUCCGGCCAGUACUCGGAGAGCUCGGCCACCAGCAGCCCCAACACAUCCCCCCGAGCCUCCAACCACUCGCUCCACUCCACCGGCUCCACCUCCAAGGCUGUCACCAGCCCCUUCCUGGAGCAGGACGAUGAGGAUGAGGAGACCAGCAUGGUGAUAGUUGGGAAAAUCUCCUUCUGUCCAAAGGAUGUCCUGGGUCAUGGAGCUGAGGGCACAAUCGUGUACCGGGGCAUGUUUGACAACCGUGACGUGGCAGUCAAGAGGAUCCUGCCCGAGUGUUUCAGUUUCGCGGACCGUGAGGUCCAGCUGCUGCGAGAGUCGGACGAACACCCGAAUGUGAUCCGCUACUUCUGCACUGAGAGGGACCGGCAGUUCCAGUACAUCGCCAUCGAGCUGUGCGCGGCCACGCUGCAGGAGUACGUGGAACAGAAGGAUUUCGCCCACCUCGGCCUGGAGCCCAUUACCCUGCUGCAGCAGACCACCUCGGGCCUGGCCCACCUGCACUCCCUCAACAUCGUUCACAGAGACCUGAAGCCCCACAACAUCCUCCUCUCCAUGCCCAACGCGCACGGCAGAAUCAAGGCCAUGAUCUCCGACUUUGGCCUCUGCAAGAAGCUGGCUGUGGGCAGGCACAGCUUCAGCCGCCGCUCGGGGGUGCCGGGCACCGAAGGUUGGAUCGCCCCAGAGAUGCUGAGCGAAGACUGCAAGGAGAACCCCACCUACACGGUGGACAUCUUCUCCGCGGGCUGCGUCUUCUACUACGUGAUAUCUGAGGGCAGCCACCCCUUUGGCAAGUCCCUGCAACGCCAGGCCAACAUCCUCCUGGGUGCCUACAGCCUUGACUGCCUGCACCCAGAGAAGCAUGAGGACGUCAUUGCCCGGGAGUUAAUAGAGAAGAUGAUCGCCAUGGACCCCCAGAAGCGCCCGUCAGCGAAGCAUGUGCUGAAACACCCUUUCUUCUGGAGCCUGGAAAAGCAGCUCCAGUUCUUCCAGGACGUGAGUGACCGGAUAGAGAAGGAGGCCCUGGACGGCCCGAUAGUGAAGCAGCUGGAGCGUGGCGGGCGGGCCGUGGUGAAGAUGGACUGGCGGGAGAACAUCACCGUUCCCCUGCAGACAGAUCUGCGGAAAUUCAGAACCUAUAAAGGCAGUUCGGUCCGAGAUCUCCUCCGAGCCAUGAGGAAUAAGAAGCACCACUACCGGGAGCUGCCCGAGGAGGUGCAGGAGACGCUGGGCGCCCUCCCUGACGACUUCGUGCGCUACUUUACCUCCCGCUUCCCCCACCUCCUCUUGCACACCUACCGCGCCAUGGAGCUGUGCCGCCACGAGAGGCCCUUCCAGCCCUACUACCACGAGCCCCCCGAGCCCCAGCCCCCUGUGACUGCAGACGCCCUCUGAGCCGGGCGGCCUCCACGCUGGUGGCCUCGCUGGGACUGAGGGCCUGGUCUCUACGAGCCGCAGCCCGGUGCCUCCCGGCCGAGCAGGGAGACCAGGCCCGGAAGCCAAGUGCCUUGAGCUGCCCACUCUGCAGCCAGCAGGGGAGGAUGCCAACCCCGGGCAGAGGGAAAGGUGAUUCCCCCCACCCCCCCAACCUGCGGAGGAGCUGGGAAGACACUGGUCAUGAAAGUUGGACCAUUGGGGGAUGUCUGCAAAGGAGGACCGGUCCCAGAGGCAGAGAGGAGUGCCGUCCGUCUUCUCCUGGAUAUACUCGCUUCAGACUCGCAUUUCUUUUAAAACUCCCUGUCUGAUGCCAGCCUGUAGGCCUUUAAGGAAAAGAGACAAGGGACCUCUCCGUGUUGCCCGCGUGAUGGGUCCAGGAGUGCUCCUCUCUUGGACCAUCUAGGCCGAGCUGCUAGGUGUGGCCUCUGCUAGGAGCAGGGCCCUGGAGGAGAGGGUCCCUGGGAGGGGGAGGGCCUUCAGAGCGUGUUGUCCCUGGGGAUCAGAGACUCUAUGCACCCGCAGGCUCCCAGGUCACUGUGACCAGCGUUUCCUCUGGGGCAGCGAGAACCUUGAGCGUAGGGGUGCGGUGAGGGGACAGGCCAGCCCAACACUCUGAAAGGCAAGGCUGUGUCUGCAGGUCUCACAGACACCGAGAGGAUGCCGUGGCCCCAGGCAUCAGUGGCCUGAAUAGUGGCCUUCGGUGGGUCUGUGCCUUGGGCACUCGGGGUUAUUUAGGAGCAUCUGGAAGCAAGAGGGGAUAAGUCCCCUGGCCACGAGGGGUAGAAGCUCAGACCCGGGCAGGGACAGGCCAGAGGGGACAUUCAGGGCCCACCAGGGGAGUCCUGGCCAGCAGGCAGGCGGUGAGGCCACUCUGUCCCUGGGGCCAGCAGGACGGGCCAGGGGGCUGAGGGCCGAGGCCAGGGUCACCACACACUUUGUGGGCAGGCUUUUAUGUUUCUCUUGGCAGAUUUUAAUAACUUUUUAUUUUGAUCAUACCGUAGAAUGCUACAUUAGUGUGAGCUAAACUGAACUUGAAGCUUACUCAUGAAGAAGCAAUGCAAGAAACAGAAUAAUAUACCUUCUAUUUUGUAGGGUAGCCCCUGGUUCUCUAAUGCGGAAGAGUGAAAUAUCGUGGCGACACUGUGCACGUGUAUGACACACCCUCAAAAUCAUGCUCUCUAAAUUAUGUCAGUACCAUGGGUUUUUCCCCCCAAAAUUGAUACAAUGUUUAACAUUAGUUUUAGUCAAAAUUUUCUGUCUUUUCUCUGCCGAAAGCCCUUAGAAGUUUAAUGCAGUCAGGAUACAGGUGAGGAAGCAUUUUCUGAGUACCUUCUCUAGCCAGGUGCAGGGAUCACUGCAGUUCGGUCCUGGUGAACUCAAGAGACUCUGCUCAGGAGGAAGAACGUUACUAUCAAGUUUCUCUAACUGACAGAGAGAAAUCGCUGUUUCUUCUCCUCGCAAGAUGUUUUCUGGCAGUGGAUUUGAACCAGAGCGUCACCAAUACACUCAUUCUGCCUUCAGUGAAUUUAACUCCCUUCCUUUCGGUCUGCCUAAAGUCAUCUUCUCUCUCUGUCUGUCUUUCUUUUAAAAUUAUCCUACAUCUUUAAACCUCAUCAGUUACCUCGUUUAGACCUGGGGACCUGGCAUCCUCGGUCAGCAUCAGGUCUUGUACCAUGCUGUCUGUUUUUCAGGAACACGGAAAACCACCAUCUUCUUCUCCCAGCUCUGAUGCUCCUGGGCCAGCCGCUUCCCCGGCUGUCCUCAUGCCGCUCUGCAGGUCGCUUUGCCGCCAGGGCAGAUGAUGAGACAGUUCGAGGUGAAGGAGAAAGUGCCACGAGUGAUUUAAAGGACUGUCAGCUUCCCGCGCUGCUGGGGGCGGGGGUGGGGGGUCAGCUGCCUCGUCUUUGUCUCUGCUGAAUGCUCUCUCCGGGGAGUAGCCAGGUCAUUCCCAACACCCCAGGGUUUGUGUCAUCUCUCUGUUUUGGCCCCUCUUGCCUCCAGGACAGCUUUUUUUUUUUUUUUUUAAACUGCCUUUUCUGCUUGUGGUACUAGUUUUUAACCAUCCAACUGUCUCAAACUCGUUUAUUCACUGUAUUUUAUUUGAGCGCUUCUACAUGUGCUGGACAGGAUAUUGGGUGCCAGAGACAGGUGAACACAACAGGCCAAACCUCAGCUUUCACACAAGCCAGUGGUAGAGACCGGACAGGGAGUGGUGGGGAAGGGCGUGCGUCUGGGGUUGGCACCCAGCAGAUCGCCUUCUGUUCAUGUUCUCCCCGUCACCUUUGGGAACCCAGGCACCCGUCAGUCCUCCCAAGUGGCCUGUAGAGGUCUUGUGUGGGUGCCCAUCAUGAUGACACCUCGGGCACUAUUUGGUUUGUCCUCGUCUCUAGAAUUCUGGUUUCCUGUUGUUUGGGGCAGGAAGAUGUUCUUUCAUGAAAAGAGGGUUCUGCAGUCGGCCACGUCCUGUCACAGCUGAGCUGUUGAUCUGAUCUUUCGUACAAUUCCUGGAAGGCUGAAUUUUCACAAGUACACCAUCUUUAUCUUUUUUUUUUUAAUUUAUUUUUGGCUGUGCUGGGUCUUCGCUGCUGCACAUGGACUUUCUGUACUUGUGGCAAGCAGGGGCUACUCUAGUUGAGGUCACCAGCUUCUCAUCGAGGUGGCUUUUCUUCUUGCAGAUCAUGGGCCGUAGGGUGUACAGGCUUCAGUGUGCUUCAGUUGGUUGCCCCGAGGCAUAUGGAAACUUCCUCAGACCAGGAGUCAAACCCGUGUCCCCUGCAUUGGCAGACAGGUUCUUAUCCACUGGACUACCAGGGAAGUCCUGUCUCAUCUUUAAGACAGAAUUUAGUCACAUCUGUUAGGAAUCCCAAGGACACCAUCGUCUCUUUAAAUCUUGUAUUGAACCUUGUGUUGAUCUGUCCUUGGCACACCUGCCAGAAUCCUCAUGCUGCUUCUUGAGUCCUCUUAACUUCAGUUUUUAAAGAGCUCCACCUGUCACGGGCACCAGAGCAUCUGCACGCUUGGCAAUCUCAGGUGUUACAUGACGUCACUAAAGCACCUGAUGUCUCAUGCAUGCCACCUGGGCACCAAGUUCCUCUCCCAUCUCCCCCUUUCUCAGUGCAGUAGUCCUUGUCGACUCUCCCCAGGGAGACAUCAUUCCCACCCCUUACACAUCUUUCAGUGGGAGAUCCACCGGUUAGCAGGCCCAGUUAAGAGCUUCCUUCCUGCCAACUUGAGAAGAAAGUUCCUUAUCAGAGCUCACCCUGAUCCUUUGAGUGAGGUUUUGUGUGAAUGCCAUUCAUUUAUCACCACAGUGAAAGAGAAGAACUGGAGUCUGGUCUGACAUCGAAGAUGUGAGGGGGGCCUUUGGGUCGUAGAGUUUUCUCCUCUUGGAUGCUCUCUUCUCCGAAGUUGAACCAUGGCCAGGCUUGGCUUUCCCGGGACUGUUCUCACUGUGUGUCUCUGUUUAUCGGAUCCUCAGCCUUGAGGUCAUCCAGGGAGGUGGGCUGGUUCUGUUUCCACAGCCUUCUGUGGAAGGGCUGGGGGACAGCGCACAGCACACCUGAAAGGAGCCUCUUUCUCUUCUCUUGAGCUUUCUCUCCGAUCGUUCACCUUCUGAAAUCCCUCUUCUUCAUACUUCCCAGUGUUUCUUUUCCUUGGCCACCCUUCACCAUCCUGGAGUAGUUUCUUCAGUUGACUGAUCCUUUGGGUGAGGUUUUGUGUGAAUGCCAUUCGUUUAUCACCGCAGUGAAAAAGAUGAACUGGUGGCUGGUCUGACGUCAAAGAUGAGGGGGGUCCUUUGGGUUGUAGGGCUUUCUCCUCUUGGACGCACCUUUCUCCAAAGUUGGCCCGGGGCCAGGCUUGGGUUUCCUGGGGCUGUUCUCAUUUGUGUAUCGCUUGCACACUGAGCUUGCCUGGAAGUAAGUCUCCAGGUGUCCUGUACAGAUGAGCCAGAAUUCCACCUUCCAGGGUUGGACCGUUAUCAUUCUUUGGGUUUUUUUUAGACCAUUAUCUUUUAAACCAAAGAGUCUACUCUUUGUAUAUUUGGUUUUCUCUGUGAAUCAGUGAUUUGCCACGAGUAACUGCUUCCAAUUCUUGUAUCAGGACUUAAAUCCUCUCUGUGUUCAUUGGAAAACCGCAAAGACAGCAUCCGCAGUGAGCCUCCCCACUGGAGCAGCCUUAACCAACACUUCAGCCGAAGUCCCCACCCGCUCGCCUCACCCCCUGUUCUCGAGUGUCCGGCAGGCACAGUAUUCCUUUUCAGUGUCCCGGAAGCUGGGACGGGGGCGUCCCCACUGACCUAGAAAGCAUUACCAGUCGAUUCUGCCACAUUCUCAGAUGCUAACUUUGUGUAGUGUUCUUUUUGCAACGACCUAUUUAUUGAACCUAUUUAUAUUUAUUUAAUCGUCACGCUGAGGUGCGUCCAGCGACAGCUGCACUUGCUUAACGCACGUCGGAUUGCUUUGGACGAGCCCCUGACCAUUUUAAAACUGGAAAAGCCGUACUGUGGCCUUCCACGGGAUGGACGCCUUACAGCAGUUUUGUCAUUAAAGGGUGAAUAAUUUGGUCAGGGUAAAAAUGUUCAUUUUUAAGUGAGUUUUUUGUUUUGUUUUUUUAAUUCUGUGCCAUUGUGUCUUCUCUGUGGAUGGUUAAUUGUUUCCUGGGUAUGUGUUAAUCGUGUGAUACAAUCCUCUUUGUGGAACCUAAAAAUCCUCUUUUUAGCUUUAUAUUUUAUAAACUGCCAGAUUGUACAAUUUUUACGUGUAUUUUUAAAGGUUGAUGAUGUGAGGGUAAUUAUCUAAGUUAAACAGCCUAUUUUUGUACCUCCUGUACAGUUUUAUAACUCUGCUGAUCAAUGAUGGCACCUUACGCUGAGCCAACCACAAAUAAAGGCAGUUUUAGAUUUGGAA